CUAUAAUUACCUACAUACACUUUUUAAUUUCAAUGUAUUUAAUUUUAAUUAGUAUCGCCCGUUAAAAAAAUUUAACUUUGUAAAGCAAAAACAGAAAGAACACUCUAAAACAGAUUUUGCAACAGUCAUCCAGCCUGCUUUCCACUCGAGGUACUCUAACAGUCCAAAUUAAGUUGAUUAUAGUUUGAGAUAAAUCGGAAGUAUAGAUGCCUCUUGUUCAUGCACUCCUGUGGCCAGACUGCAUGGAAUUAUUAAAAUGUUUGGAGAGAUAAAGAAGUUUCACAAUCUGAUUUCUUGCGUCGUCUGUUUGAGUCUUUACAUUUGGGGAAGUAGAGAGACGAAGAUUGAACACCCUUUUGAAAUGAAGAACAUUGGUGGUAAUAGCCCUUGGCCGCUCUUAGUUGAAGAGUUCACCUUUGAGGCCAAUUCAGCUCCCUUCACAAACUGUCAUGCUUCCACUAUUGUUGAGGUCAGUAAAGAUCAAUUCUUGGUGGCUUAUUUUGGCGGCACAGCUGAGGGGGACACUGAUGUCAAGAUUUGGAUGCAAACUUACAAGGAUGGGAAAUGGCAUGCCCCUGUUGUAGCCGAUGAGGAACUGGGUGUCCCAAUGUGGAAUCCUGUACUUUUCAUGCUUCCUUCCAGUGAAUUACUUUUGUUUUAUAAAAUUGGGCCAACUGUUCAAAGCUGGAGCGGUUGCAUGAAGAGAUCUUACGAUGGUGGUAUGACGUGGAAGGAAAGAGAACAACUUCCUCCUGGUAUAUUAGGACCAAUUAAGAACAAGCCUUUGUUACUAGAAAACGGAACAUUGCUAUGUGGAUCUUCUGUUGAGAGCUGGAAUUCUUGGGGAGCGUGGAUGGAGAUGACUAUUGAUGCUGGCAGAACAUGGAGAAAGUAUGGACCGAUAUACAUUCAGGGAAAAACUCUCUGUGUGAUCCAACCUGUUCCAUACCAGACUGCAAAUGGUACUUUGCGAGUUUUACUGCGAUCAUUUAGCGGCCUUGACAAAAUUUUCAUGUCAGAGUCCCAUGAUGAAGGUUAUAACUGGAGCUAUGCAAAGCCUACCGAAUUGCCGAACCCUAACUCAGGAAUCGAUGGCGUUAGACUAAAUGAUGGUCGGCUCGUUUUAGCUUACAACACAAUCUCCAGAGGCAUCCUCAAAGUUGGACUCUCUGAAGAUGAGGGAGACUCGUGGCACGAGGUUGCAACACUAGAGGAUACCACGGGGAUGGAGUUCUCUUAUCCAGCUGUCAUCCAGGCCAGUGGUGGAGGAUCAGUCCAUAUCACCUACACAUACAACCGAACUCAGAUCAAGCAUGUAGUGUUGAAGAUCCCUCAUGAAGUAUAAUGAGAAAAGAACCGCUGGAGAUAAUUGCCUGUUUGGAUGGAUGGAUCAACAUUGCAGUUUUUUUUUUUUUUUUUUUUUUAAUAGUUUUUUUAAAAUCUUUUUCUAUAUCGUGAGUUUUGCCUGGCUGCAUUGUUCGUAAUGUCUCCCAUUGUGACCAGUCACCACAUAUUGCCCACUUUGUAGUUUCAUUCCCCAUACCGAUCUGUAAGGCUACCUGUAAAUGGUCAACAUUUACCGGUAGCCUCCAAUAAAUUCAAAUAUUGACUCUAUUAAUACGAAAAUAAUGUAUUCAUCCCAUAAAUUCAGUUUCCCCAACAACUUAAAUA